AUGCUGCGUCGGGUGUGGCAGCGAGCAGGCAUGUGGCAGUCACCCGACGCGGUUCUAUUGCGCCGUUGCUGUCAAUGCAUAGGACCGUGUGCUGCCGCGUCUACAAGAUCGGUCCUCUCCACGCGCUUCGGCGCUGCGUCCGCGCGCGCGGUCGCCAGUCAAUCAGACGCUGCCGAAAAAACGCCCCGCAGUCCGAACCAAUUGAACGUUUUAUUGUCGAAUCAAACACCGCCCACGACUUUUGUAGCCACUUGUCGCGCGUUGCGCGUCAUUGACGAGACGGCGCUAUUGGUGACGAUUGACGUCCGGACGUGGUACGUGGCACUGCAGCGACGACCGGAGGCUCAAGGCGAACGCGUGGCACCGGAGCUCUUGGGUUUAAUCGCGAAUUGUAGUUGCGAAAAUGCAAGUGUACCCAUGUGGACCGAUUUGUUUUUUACAGUGUGA